CUAUAGUCCAAGGAUCAAUUGAGGCAUGCAAAACGUAUGCUGAGAUGCUGUAGUUCUAAGACCCUAGGAAUGCUGUAAGACCGUAGGACUAUUGAUAAGGAACUUUCGCCCAGACUUCAUCCUCUCAAUCUCUUAUCGAGAAUAACAUACACCCAAAUACGUGCUUUACCCAUCAAGAUACAUACUCCCAUCAUGUUCAACGUCGUGGAAGCCAGCAUCGCUUCCCACCGCGACGCUUUGAACUCAGGAGCCACUACCAGCGUCGAGCUCGUCAUCACCUACCUCCUCCGCAUAGGAACCUACGACUUCGCUGGCCCGCGCCUAAACUCAUUCACGGUGUUCAACUCGCACAUUCUCGAUGAAGCCCGUGCCAGUGACCAGCGCCGUGCAUCUGGUAAACCCCUCGGACCGCUUGACGGCAUCCCGUACACGCUCAAAGAUAGCUACAAGUAUGCCGGAAUCACCGUCUCUGCGGGCUCCCUCGCAUUCAAAGAUCUACAUUCAAAUGAAGAUGCGUGGGUAGCUGCGAAAUUGAGAGAAGCCGGGGCGGUGUUGAUUGGCAAAACGAAUAUGCCGCCCAUGGCUGCGGGAGGCAUGCAGCGCGGACUCUAUGGGUGCGCGCUCUCCCCAUACAAUGUCGACUUCUUGACCGCAGCGUUUGUGUCUGGAUCUUCGCAAGGUGCUGCGACGUCGACGGCGGCGAGUUUCGCAGCCUUUGGGCUGGGUUCGGAGACGGUGAGCUCAGGUCGUUCGCCGGCUUCGAAUAACGGGCUUGUGUGCUACACGCCUUCUCGAGGGGUCAUUUCGUGUAGAGGUUUGUGGCCACUUUAUGGAACUUGCGAUGUCGUGGUGCCGUACACGCGGACCGUGGCGGAUAUGGUUGAGGUGCUGGAUGUACUGUGUCAGAAGGAUGAAGAGACAGUGACGGAUUUUUGGCGCGAGCAGACGUUCGUCAAGCUACCCUCUCCAUCUUUUCGGUGGACUACGGAUAAGCAAAACUUGGAGGGAAAGCGAAUUGGCGUCCCCCGAGCCUAUGUCGGAGAGAAAGACGGGAAAGACACGGUUGUCUUACCUGGUGUGAUUGAGCUAUGGAAGGAUGCACGAAAGCAACUCGAGGAACUUGGCGCAGAAUUGGUGUUGACAGACUUUCCCCUGGUAACUAACUACGAGGACGACAGUGUGUCUGGCCUCGCCAACAACGUCGUCGGCGCACCUCAUAACUGGAGCACGAUAGAACGCGGUCUCAUCAUCGCGAAGUCCUGGGAUCAGUUUCUCAAGGCCAGUGAUCACCCGGGCCUCGCAAGCGUCAACGGGGCUGACAUCUUUCCAAAGCCACCAGACUACAUCCCAGACCUCUUCGCAGAAGCCAAGAAUGCCAUCAACUACCCCGGCCUUACCAAACUCGGCGCAGAAUCAACCUCGCUCUGGGAGAUUCCGGGCAUGGCGGAGACUCUCCCGGCGCUUGAAGCGCAGCGUAAGAGAGACUUCGAAGAUUGGCUCGACAAACAGAAGUUUGAUCUCGUCGCGUUCCCUGCACAAGGCGGCAUCGGACGUGCAGAUGUAGAGGAGAAUACGGAGAGCGCGAGGCACGCCAUGCAGAAUGGAAUCAGGUACUCAAAUGGCAACCGAGCUCUAAGGCAUCUAGGCGUGCCGACUAUAAGCGUGCCGAUGGGAGUACUGCCAGAUAUUGGCAUGCCUGUGAACCUGACCUUUGCGGGAAAAGCAUAUGCGGAUGAUGAGCUGCUAGAGUUCGCAGCGGCGUUUGAAAGGAAGAGUGCGGCAAGAGUCGAACCGAAGAUCACAGCAGAGUUGAAGCGGGAAUUUGGCAGCGGGAAGAUGACUGCGAAGUAUGAGGAUGGAAGGGUUAGUGGGACCGGGGAGGCUGAGGUGUUUGUCAAUGGAUCCAGGGUAGAUGUGAAGACAGACGAGGGACAUUGGGUGCUUGAAUCGAUCCCCGAACCCCCUGCGAGACCGACCAGAAGGACGGCGGGUCCGCAUACCAUGGUGUUGGUAACUGGCAGGCAACCUAGUGGAAGCGUGGAUGCAGAGGUUUUCUUCAUUACCUAAACAUCAUUCUUCUUCUAUUGGAUCGUAUAUUUAAACGAACCGUCACUCAACUUCGACGCUGCUUUACCAAAAGAUUGUGUACUCUGCCCCCAUAGGCCCUUUGACAUCUGGACUGGAUAAGAAACCCUAUUCACUGCGAGGGAGUUGACGAGAAGAGGCUUUCAACUGGCAAGUCACUCCAUAUUUGGCUACUCUUGCUGGCGGUGGCUAGCAACCAAGAGGAGCACGCACGGUGUAGAAUAUUGCGAUGACACGCCCUAGCUUUCCGCUCUCUGCAGUUUCGACUUACAUGUUCUUGAUCACGCUGCAUGCAUCUAGACGAUCUAUCUUCGGUGUGUUUGCUGCAAGUGUUCUAGGUUUGAAUUACCC